ACUUUUACAUACACAUACAAAAUGAGCAGACCUCAAGACACCUCCCCAAUUAUUCUUACUACACUUAACAACAAGCAAUCCAAGGUAUCCAAGUUUUUAUUGGAUCCUUGGUCUACUGUUAAAGUGGUAUUACCUGCUGCCGCCAUACAAGUUGUUCUCCAUAAUACAGCAUUGAAAAAGGCCUCUUUACGAGAACUAACUUUAGGUCUUUCUCUUCUGAAUGCCUUUUGGUUUGCUACAACCUUAAAUCUCAGCUACAUUGAGACACCACUUUUAGCCAACGUGCCAAGCCUUGACGAAUGGACAAAGUUGGAUGUGGGACGUCACAGAUUUAACUGGAUUAAUAAAAUUGAGGCCACUGCCAGUCUAAUUGGUCUUAAUCUCUUUUUAAACUGGAACCAUCGUAUUGUAAGACAUGAUGGAUUCGUUGAUAAUGUCUUGAAAGCCGCUGCCAUCGCACCUAUUGCUAUUACCGUCAUUCAAUCAGUUUACUUCUUACCCAAAUUUAAUAAGCGUGCUGCUCUCGUAUCUAAAGGUGAAGCUACUGCUGAAGAGCUUUGGCAACGCGACACCUUCUUCUUAAAGGGUCAUCGUGCUUAUAUUGCUCUGGAUGCAAUUAAAAUCACUGCCUUGGCAGUUGCUGGACUCCGAUUUGGCUUAAUGUUAAAAAAUUAAAUAAACACCUGAAAGUGAGACGACUAUUUAU